CCAGUGCAUUCUUCACUUGUAUUUCAGAAAAUGGAUCCAAUCCAUCAGAAGGAAAUUGAUAAAUUUCUGAUCGAUCUCGAUGGAACCGAAAACAAAUCAAAAUUUGGUGCUAACGCGAUUCUGGGUGUCUCGUUAGCUGCUUGCAAAGCGGGCGCAGCUCACAAAGGCUUACCGCUGUACAAAUAUAUCGCGGAACUGGCUGGCACGAAACAGGUUAUACUCCCUGUUCCGGCUAUGAACGUCAUCAAUGGCGGUUCGCAUGCCGGUAAUAAACUUGCUAUGCAGAUAAUUCACGAGUCACAAAGUAGCGAACUGGAUGACCCACAUCGCAUGUACAGAUGGAAAUGA